AUGGAAGAUGAUCUUUUUUAGAAUUAAAAUUAUUAAAAAAAGAGGAUAAAAGACUCUUUAUAAGAAAGCAAUAUUCAGUUGAAAAAAGUAGCAGAUCACCUUGAAGAAUCGUGCCAUAGUGAGGUAUUAAUGGCAAACUAGAAUUAGAUAAUUUCUUAAGAGAAUAACAUUUCAUAAAAUACAUAAAAUUACUAAACAUAUGAAAAUGAAAUUACUCCAAAGAAUCCUAAAUUUAAGAUAAAUUCUAGCAAUAUUGGGAUAGUUUAGUAAAGCUUAAGUCCAAUCAUUUAAACUUAAAGUCUUUUUACACAUGAAAAAGAAUAGACAUCAUUAUUUAACUAGUCUUAGCAAGAUAGAAAUCAAGAUCAUUUUGAUGAACUACAAAUGACUUUUAAUGAUGAGCAAGUAAAAAAAUCAAUCAACUAGCUAAAGAUGCAAAAGGAUUUAAAAGAAAGACAAAUAAUUUCAAAUCGAAGCAAUUAAAAGAAAAAGGAUGGAAGAGCAGCAAAUGAUUAAAUGAGAAUGAGUGUAUUAAAUAAAAACUUUCUUAUAUACACAAAUAUCUACUAAAAAUUAAGGCAAUUCUUUCAAAAUAAGACGUUAUCUGGUAGAACUUAGUUGCUCAAAAACAAAAAAAUUUAAUUUUUUAUAAAUGAUUUGAGCGAUAUCAAUAACCAAACUUCAUAAUCUCAGUAAUUUACUAAUUACUUCAAGAUAUUCAACUGGAUUACAAAAUGCAACUUAAAUUUAAUUAAAGAUAUUCCUACAUUUAAUCCUCAAAACCAAAUCAUCCUCUCUUUAAAAAUAAUCAUUUUUUUACUGAACUCUCUAUUUUACACUUAUCUCUCUUUAGCUUUGAUUUUUGGAGCUCUGAUUCAUAAUAUUGCUUUCUAAGUAUUUUUUGGAUUAUGGGGCUUAGAAAUUAUAAUUAAACUUAACUCCUCCAUUUACAUUAAGAAUGAGCAUAUACAAAACAGAUAAACAAUUUUUAAGCUGUAUUUUUAAAACGAAGCUCUUUAUGACAUAAUUCCUUAUUUUUUGUUAGCAAUUACUGGAGGAUUUCCUAAGAACUUAAAGCUUACUUUGCAGCUUAUUUCAUUCAUCAAAACGCGCAACAUAGUAAGAGAGUUCAACAUAAUUCAAAAACAAAUAUGCAUGAAUACUUAAAAAUACUAUAAUGUAAUGUAAUUAAUAGAUCUAAUCUUCAAAUUAUUUAUAUUAGCUCACACACUAUCUUGUAUGUGGUACCUUGUUGGAAUUAUAGAAAAAACUUUUUUAGACUAAGAUACAUGGUUCGAUGAAGGAUUUUCUAAACAAGGAGAUUGGUGGAAAAUUUAUGUUUAAUCUCUCUAUUGGUCACUAACCCUAAUGACUACAGGUUCGAGCUUAGUAGAAACUCCACUGCAAGCCUUUUUUGCCUGCUUUAUGAUGUUAUUUACAACUAUAAUCUUUGGAUAUUUUGUAAGUAGUAUUGGACUCAUACUUGCUCAGAACGACGAAGAAAAAAUGAAUCAUAGAAAAGAUAUAAAUAUCAUCAAUAAAUAUAUGAGAUAAAGAAAAAUAAGCAAAGAAUUACAGAGAGUGAUUAAUCUAGAUAUUGAGUAUUUUUAUUAAAAAAAUUACAAAAAAUUACAAGAAUAAAAUUAGACUGUUUUAGAUAAGUUGUCUAUGAAUUUAAAAGAAUAGCUGCUUAAUGAGUAUUUUGGAAGUGUACUCAACAAAAUCAAUUGUUUGAAGUCUAACUUUAGCCCAGAAACUCUUUAUAAAGUUUCGCUUUAGAUGUAGGAAGCAUAUUAUUUGCCAAAUUAGGUUUUUUUGUAUGAGGAAAAUUAUGAAUCCAAUUCACUUUAUUACAUUGUUGAGGGUGAAGUUGAGUUAUCUAGAAAGAUUCAAGAAGGCUCUAACGUAAGAUAGAUUAUAUCUAAACUUAAAAAAUAUGAUGAAUUUGGUCAUGACAGCUUCUUUACUGGAAAAUCCAAUGGAUUUCAAGCCAAAGCAAAGACUUUCACAACUGUAAUAAAACUUUCAAGAGAAUCCUUUCAAUCAAUAGUGAAAGAAAACGAUAAGGAUUGGUAGAAUUUUAACUGCAUAAAAGACAACAUAUUAAUUUAUAAUGACUAAAAGCAUUUGAAAAUAAAUUGUUCAGUUUGCUAAAAGACAUAGCAUCUAACAAUAAAUUGUCCUUUGUUGCAUUUUAAUAGAAAUGAUUAUUUAGAUAAAUUAACUUACUUCGAAAGAAUAAAGUAAAAUAGAAUUAAAAAGGCCAGAAAAAAGUAAAAAUCAAAAAACACUUUAAUAAACCAAUAAUUAAUUGAAGAAUUUUAGUUAUUAUUUCAAUAGUAAAAUGUAAUAUUAACAGAUAAGAAUACUUACAUAAAAAGCCAGUUUACAAGUUAAUCAGAAUUAAAUGAAAUUGAAGACAGAUCUGUCAACUAAUUGUCAAAUAACGAGUUAUAGAAUUAGCAUGAUCUAUACAGCAGAGAAGAUAAAACUCCAAUAAUUACAUCUUAAUUUUUUAAUGUAUCUGACUCAAGCAGUAGUAAUAAUAACAACAAUAACAAUAAUAAUAAUAAAGGGCCUUAUUCCUAAUAAAAAUCUCUGACCUCAUACACAAAAGCUUUUAAGUCAUAUUUAGAUUUCGACUAAGAAAAUAAUAUAUAAAAAUUUCCAUCAAUUGAAGACCAAAUGAAAAGCCCAAAUAUUUCUAAAAGAGAAAAAGAUUUCAAGAAUAACUUUUAGAAGCAAGAUAGCUUUAAAGAUCGUAACUUUUUUUCAAAAACUAACAGCCUUGAUUUCAAAACUAUAUCUUAGUAUUCUAGAGCUGUAAAAUCUUUAUUGGAAUAUGAACAAGAAGUUCCAAGAGAAAAGGAAUUCAAGUAAAGUCUAUUUUAAAAUUAAGAUAGCUUUAGAGAUCGUAGUUCUACUAAAAAUAUAACUAAAUGCAACAAUGUUGACUUUAGUUUAAUGGUGCAAAAUUAUCAAGAUAGUAUGUGCCAAAAUUCUUCAAAGUUGGAAGGUUAGGAAAGAUAAAAGAAUGAAAUAAGAUAAUAAUACCCUUUUAGUAUUGAAAGUAUUUUAGAGAGAAACUAAAAUUAUGAUAAAUUCUAUAACAGGGUUUAAAUUAGUACAUAUAAAAGUUUUGAUGAGCAUUAAAUAUACCAACAGCUAUUUGAAAAUCCAUGGUUAUUUGAAAAAUAAAAAGACUUCAAUUACUAUUUCCCUGAAGGGAAUUGUUAGUUCGUAAUAACUAAGUAUAACAGAUUUUUAAAAAGAAAGAGCAAGUAAUAGUAAGCCAAAAUUAAAGCAAAAUAGGCUAAUUGA